CACACACACGCACACAAGGCAUCCGCACGCGCAGGUAAGAACAACGAAGAAACAAAAGAGAUAACAGACUCUGGAAGCUAAGAACUUCUACUUUGCUCUCUUGCACUACAAUAAAGCCACACGCCCACCAAGUUCUCUUUCUUCUCUCUCUAUAUUUGAACAAUUUUGUUCUGCUUCUCUACCUAUUAAGCUCAUUCUAAGCCUGAACUUCCAUUUACUUAAUGGUUGAUGAGUCACGGUUAAUGGUAAUGGUAUGGGAGCUCAGAAGAGUAUACAUGCUGGCAAAGCCACAAUUGAUGUUAAUGUCGAUCUCACUCACAAGCUUUGCGCUUCUUUGAUGCUUCCCCCUCUCAGGAGCAGCACUGGAAGCCCUCUCUCUCUGGUAAUUGGAAGUCUUUGCCUUAAACACCCAAAUUUAUUUGGUGGAAGUGAGAAGCUUGAUGUAUCUUGGGAUAAGGGGCUAUAUGAUUCUAAUAUCUUGGUAGCUUAUAGAAAGCCACGACCUGAAUGGCUAGCACAGCAAUCUUUUGUAAUUCAGCAAUCUUGUUCUCCCGAGAUCGGAGUUCAUGGUGUCCCCUUGGACAACUUCUCCCGUUCUGGUAGUGGAGGUGUGAAUCUGUCUCGAUUAUCAGUGGGGAUGGAUUUGAAUGAGCCUGCGAGCUCCAAAUGGAGCAGCACAACUAGCAUAAAGUUUGAGCAUGUUCGUCCAGUGAACGACAAUGGCCAUCCUAUUACAAGGGAUGCUGAUGGGUUUCCUGUGACGUGCAGUGGUAGUGCCCAUGACAAUAUGGUUGUUAUAAAGCAAGAAUCUCAGUUUGCUAAGGCCAAUGAUUGCAGUUUUUUCCAUUUUACUCUGCAAAUAGAACAAGGGAUUCCAGUUCUAUCUAAGUGGCUAAUCUUCAACCGUUUUAAGUUUGCUGCAUCAAAGGGAGUGAAACUUGGGCCCGGAUUUCUCUUGGCAAGGGUGACAGGUGGUUCCAUUGUAGGGGACAUGGCUCCUUACCAAGCAUUUACAAUUGGAGGUCUUGGUAGUGUGCGAGGGUAUGGUGAGGGUGCUGUUGGAUCUGGAAGAUUAUGUAUGGUUGCUAAUAGUGAAUUGACAUUUCCUUUGAACAAGACCUUGGAAGCCGCUGCAUUCUUGGACUGUGGAACUGAUUUGGGGUCUGGUCAUCAUGUACCAGGAAAUCCAGCCCUGAGGCAGGGCAAACCAGGAUCUGGAAUUGGGCUAGGAUAUGGACUUCGUUUCAAAUCGCAGUUUGGCCAUUUUCAGGUUGAUUAUGCCAUCAAUGCGUUUCAUCAGAAAACUGUCUACUUUGGCAUCGGUAACCUUGCCACAUGAAUGCAUUCAUGACCAAGAAGAUGCAAAUAGGAAUCUGCAUUCCAAGAAGUUGCAAAUGUCGUGGAGUUUCCAUCUUAAUUGCCUUUGACAGUCCAUUCUUCAUCACUAGUAUUAGUUGUGUCAAUGGAGAGAAUACAAGCUGCAGGCAUCCAUGUUUCUUUCCUUCAUAUUUGGGAAGUAGAUAGAAGAUGGAAAUCCACUAGAAUAGUUUUCUUUUCUCCCCCUUCCUUUUUCUAACAGGAUUUUUUUUUUCUUUUUUCUUUUUUUUUUUCUGAUGAAAUUAUCACCAUACCAAUUGUUAUUGAUUACAAUCACUUACCAAUUCAUGUUGAGGAAAAGAAAUUCUUAUGUAAAAACAAAAAUUUUUUUCCCAUUACAGAGGAUGAUUGAAUGCACAUAAAUUCUCUCCUUUGACUCUA